AUGCCCGAUGAUGGUCCACAUAAAACUGGAUGUGCAAGAACUGAGGGAUAUUAUAAAAUACCUCCAGAAGAAAAACGUAAAUAUGUUGAUUAUGGAAUGCCUGGUACUUCUUAUGCCAAAGAUAAAGAAUCUGCUCCAAGUUCACGUGCAUCACGUGCUAAAAGACGUGAGAUACAAUUACAAAUGGCAGAAUAUCAGGACUUGGCAGUUGACACGGAUAUUCUUCAAUAUAAUCCAUUAAAAGCUCGUGAAAAAGAGCUUACAAUUGCAAAAUCUCAUAUUCAUGAUUAUGGACUAUUUGCCUUAGAACGUAUCAAGGCUAACGAAUUUGUUAUACAGUAUACAGGCGAAGUCAUACGUCAGGCUGUUGCGGAUCUUCGUGAAAGAAAAUACAAGGCUGAAGGAAUUGACAGCAGUUAUAUGUUUCGUGUUGGAGAUGAUACAAUUGUUGAUGCAACAAAAGUAGGAAACAAUGCAAGAUUGAUAAAUCAUUCGUGCGAGCCAAAUUGUAAUGCAAAAAUACUAACUAUUAAAGGUAAGAAAAAAAUAGCUAUAUACGCUAAACAAGAUAUCGAAUUUGGGGAAGAAAUUACAUAUGACUAUAAGAUUUCUAAAAAAAACAUGUACAUAUAUAAGUGA